AUAAAAUGUUUUUCUAAAUAAAAUUAAUAAAUCCUUCAAACCAUCAUCAAUUCAACAAAAUUAGGGUUUUAUAUCUCCAUCUCUAUAUCUCUCUCUCUAUACAUACAUACAUACAUCUGUAUCUUUAUCUAUAUAAUCUUGAAAUUGAAUUGAAUUGGAUCUUAUUGAUUGGGGGAAAUAAUGGAAUCGGCAGCGGCGAACAGUAACAACAGCAACAGUAGUAGCAAUAAUAGUAAGAUGAUGAUGAUGAUGGAUGUAUCGAUAUCGGAUGACGUGGAUUUGAUAACUGAAACGCAAACCCUAGCCAAAGAAGCUUAUGUGAUGUUUCAGUUAGGAAAGUAUUCAGAUUGUCUUAAGCUCUUGAAUCAGAUCCUUGACAAAAAAGCUGAUGAUCCUAAGAUUCUUCAUAACAUUGCUAUUGUGGAGAACUUCCAAGAUGGAUUCUCAAAUCCAAAGAGAUUUUUGGAAGCACUUGAUAAUCUCAAGAAACGAAAUGAGAGGCUUGCUCAUUCUGCUGGGGAAAAUGCAGAGGCGUUGAACAGCAUGAUUAAAGCUGCGGGAAACAAGGGAAAUAGUGUUGCGGGCAAUUCAGCCUCUACCAUCAAUAAUGCCCAGGGUGUUUCAGCUGAUGAUUUUGAUAUAUCUAUGACAAUGUUUAACAUAGCAGUCAUCCUCUACCAUCUACAUGAAUAUGAGAAGUGUUCCUCCAUUUUGGAGAGAUUAUAUCAAAAUAUCGAACCAUUAGAUGAGAGGGUGGCACGUCAUGUGUGCCUUUUGUUACUGGAUGUUUCUUUUGUAUGCCACCAGGCUUCAAGAGCUGGAGAGGUGAUCAAUUACUUGGAAAAAGUGGGUGGCAAUAGCUUAGGUGGGAUUCAGGGUGAUUCCGGAAACUUCACUCAGCAACAGCAGUUAACGAAUCUUGUGACAAAAUCCACAUCAGCACCCAGCAACGUGAUGAUAUCGGAUCCAAUCACCUCUGAUUCGACUGUUAAUGUAAAUGGCCCCGAAAGUCCUUUAUCGCGAACUCUCUCAGAGGAAACACUUUACGAAUCUUUAAUGUCAACUCUCGAUGUGAGUGGAGCCCAAAACCUUACGAGACCUUCAAAUGAUCUCACAAGAACACAAGCUGAUGAUUCUUUCAUUACAACAUCCGAUCUAAGGCUGAAAGUGCAUUUAUACAAAGUUUGGAUUCUGAUCCUUACAAGAAAUCUUAAAGCAGCCAAACGUGAGGUCAAAUUGGCCAUGAACAUAGCUCGCGGAAAAGAUUAUUCACUCGCAUUGUUCCUAAAAUCUCAACUAGAGUAUGCUAGAAAUAACCACAGGAAGGCAAUAAAGCUUUUAAUGGCGUCAGUCAGUCAAACCGAGAAUGGAACUUCCGCUCUAUAUUACAACAAUCUUGGAUGCAUUUAUUAUCAACUUGGAAAAUACCAGACAUCUGCCGUCUUUUUCUCAAAGGCAUUAAGUAGCGGCUCUCAACUAAGGAAAGAAAAACCUAUGAAACUGUUCAAUUACUCGCAGGACAAAUCUGUCCUUUUUGCAUACAACUGCGGGUUAGUUUAUUUGGCUAGCGGGAAACCAUUACUUGCGGUUCGAUGUUUUCAACAGGCGGGUUCAGUUUUCUUCAAGCGGCCUCUCUUAUGGCUUCGGAUUGCCGAGUGCUGUAUAAUGUUUUCUGAAAAGAAAGCGGAUAUAGACGUUAAUGUUAUUGGAGGGGGAAAAUGGAGGCAACUUGUUAUAGAGUACGGGAAUUCAAGAAGCAUGGUACACGUUGAACCGAAUCUUUCACUGACGUUUGCUAAAAGUUGUCUUCUAAAUGCAUUACACUUGUUGGACUGUCCUGAUCAGUCACUCCCUGCUGGUUUGAAUAUAAAAGUGGUUCAGGGUCAAGGUCAGGUGAAUUCAAAUGGGGAAGUCAAAGAGUCAAAGGCGGGGAAUAGUGCGUUGCUGCAGAGCUCAAUUAACGAAUACGAGGGUCUUUGUGGAAAAGAGAACCAGAUGAUUUUGCAAGCUGUACUUGCUGACCUGGCGUUUGUUUACUUGGAACUGGGAAAUGCAGUGAAGGCGUUAGCUGCCGCUAGGUGUCUGUUGAGACUUACCGAAUGUUCUAGAGUUUAUGUUUUCCUGGGAAAUGUGUAUGCAGCUGAAGCUUAUUGUCUUUUGAAUCAACCUAAGCAAGCUUCUGAGCAUUUGUCGAGUUAUAUUUCGGGGCAAAGUAUAAUCGGAUUACCCUACAGCCAAGAGGAUUGUGACAUCUGGCAAGCGAGGAAAACCGUGGAUUUGGAGGAGCCUAAUUCCAAGAAUACCCCUUCCGUUAAUCAAUUGCUGCCACAGGGCAGCUUUAGCUCUAUUUUUAUCAAGCCUGAAGAGGCUCGCGGUGUCCUGUUGGCAGACAUGGCUGCCAUAGCAGCGGCUGAAGGUGACCUUGGGAGGGCACAGGAGGCUGUCUCAGCUGCAUUGUCGAUUUUACCAAGCAACCCUGAUGUUGUUCUUACCGCAACUUAUAUUGAUCUGGUGCGUGGAAACACUCAGGACGCAGUGUUGAGGUUGAAACAGUGCAGCCGUGUACGGUUUCUUGCAGGCACAUUAGCAGAGAAAUGAUGGCUGGUUAAAUGAGAAUUUGAGGCCUUGAGCAUCUGUAGGUAGGUGAAACAAUCCUUUGAAAUCAAGGAUUUGAUUUGUAACAUAUAUAUAGCUCAAAGUUCAGGGUAAAAAGUUGUUUUUUUUUCCGGUGACUCCUUAUGAGCCUUUUUUUUUUCUUCUUAUAAUUCUGUUGGUUCUUAGGGUUUAAGUGAUCAGUCGAUAUGAGACAAUGGUGGCUAACGGAGUUGCCCUCCAAUAGAUUUGAGAUGUAGUGGUAUCUUUCUUUUUUGAGCAUGUUGAUGUACUGAUUUGAAGAGAUGUUUAGUUGGUUUAAUGGGAGUUAAAUUCAAAUACUCCUUUGCUUCUUUGGUUCAAGCUAA